AUGAUACUGCACAAACUCGAACGGAUGGAUGCUAAGAUAGACUCUCUAUCCGUCCCACCAGCGCCAGCGCCAACGCCUACUACACAGCCCAGUCUGCCCGCCGAGUCUCCGGCAAGUUCCAUCCUGUCCAAAACUACACCGAUCUUAUUCAGUGCCCGGUGCAUGUUGUCGUGGCCCGCCAUCCGUGAUCUUCUCCCCCCUUCACUGAGAGCAGUUCCGGAUGACUACGCUCUGAAGCUAGAAGAUCAGCGUCCCAAGCUACCGAGACCUGCUCGGAAUCAGGACAUUGUUAUUCUGGCCGACUUCAGCAUUUCGACUGUUCGAGAGUUAAGCAAUGCCUACUUUACAACUUUCAAUCUUGCCCAUCCGGUGCUUGAUCGCAAGCAGUACUUUCAGCAAACCCUGGGAAAUGCAAUCAAUGGCGGCUUCGGCUACGAUGCCGACAGCUGCAUUGUUCUCAUGACCAUGGCACUCGGGACAUUUGGGACACGCGCCAUAAAUGAGUGCGAGCAGCAACGUCAUGAAACUCGAGCACGCCCUUCUCCCGUCCAAGCCACAACCGAACCAUUGGGACUGGCCUUUUACAACGAAGCACGGAAGCGUAACGGGUUCCUUGAAGGAGACCAUACGAUCCAGACCUGUCAGUUCUAUCUGCUGACCAUGCUGUACCAUGCUCAGCUUAUACGACCGGUCGAUUGUUGGUCAAUGUCGAUGAGGGCCGCGGUGAUUUGUUUGAAGCUGUGGUACAGACCUCCCGAGGCAGACGAAUGGACUCUGGACAUGUAUUCCCGGCUUUACUGGAUCACAGUCAUGUUCCAAACCGUGCUGACGCAGGAGCUGACCGGGUUGGCAAUGUCGCAGAUUAGAGAUUUGGAGGACUCGGUGCCACUGCCAAAGUUUGUAUCGUUCCCCUCAGGUUACCCUCCCGGUCAAGAGGAAGAGGAUGAAUCCUUCUGCCACUACCAUUUCCUCGCUCAGAUUGCACACCGCAUCUUUCUCAGCCGAGUCUAUAGCAGCUUGUACUACUUUAUCCCAUCCGCCCACUACCCCAACGCGGCAGUGGCUCAAGAGUUGUAUCACCAGCUAGACCAAUGGCGAUCACAGCUUCCAGCACAACUUCGCUUUGACGACGAGACUCCCAUCACGGGACCAGAUCCGCUGAGUGAAGUUUUGGUGGUGUCAUUACUCCGAUCUCGAUACUUUGUGGCACAUUACCAUCUUGGAAGACCGUUUUUAUACAAGGCUCUCCACCAUCCGACAGCAUUAACGGAAUAUGACCAGCAAAGAUGCAAACAGGCAUUACGGGCGAUCCUGAAAUAUUCCGAGGUCACCGAGAGUCUUCUCGGCGUCAAAGGUUGUAUGCCGCUGGCAUUUUCCUGGUGUGGCCAAGCAUUGGGGCAGCUUCUGCUGAUGUACGCGUUCCGUCACACCCCAGCCUUGCAGGGUUUUCUGCCUGAAGGCUGGGAACGGUGGUCAGAACGUAUCCUCCAAGCACUGCAGGACUUGUCCAGCUUGAGCCCAGCGGUGGCGAAGGAUGCAGAGAUCGCGAGCAUAUUGUACUCGACAGCUCCGAGUUGA